GUGAGUCUGUGACUUCCCUUCGUGCCAGUUACACACAAUGUCAGUCUGUUCGCCACCAUUGCAUGCCCACCUCCCAAACGCCGUCGUAUCCAGCUCCGCCUCCGAAGGCAGAGUUCCUCUGCACUGUCUCCAAAGCCCUAAUCCCCAUUCCGAACUCACAAACUCGUUAAAGCUGGUGGCUUCGCACCAUUUGCCGUCUCGCAACCGCCGUUUCCAUCUCAAUUGCGCGGGAUCAGAGACUGCCUCCGUCGCGGGAAAAAAUGGUGAUUUCACGGAGGUAAAAGCGAUGGUUUUUGAGCCGAAAAUCGACGGUGGUGAUGGCGGCGAUUCAUUUGGUGGCGGAGGAAGAGGAGAAGGAGACGGCGGGGGUAAAGAGGAUGGUGGAGAGGAAGAGGAGUUUGGGCCAUUGCUGAAGUUUGAUGAGGUGAUGAAGGAGAGCGAAGCUCGGGGUAUGAAGCUCCCUUUAGACAUGGUUGAGGCUGCAAAGACUACUAGGCUCCGGGAAGUGUUUCUUCUCCGCUACUUGGAUUUGCAGGGGUCAGUUUGGCCACUGGGUUUUUUGAUGAAGUACUGCUCAAUGCUACGUAAUCGGAUGAUGGCUGAUCCUUCCUUUCUUUUCAAAGUUGGGACAGAGAUAGUCAUAGAUUCUUGUUGUGCAACAUUUGCAGAAGUUCAGAAAAGGGGAAAGGAUUUUUGGGCUGAGUUUGAGUUGUAUGCUGCUGAUCUUUUGGUUGGAAUAGUGGUUGACAUUGCUUUGGUUGGCAUGUUGGCACCCUAUGCUCGGAUUGGAAAGCCGUUAGUAUCACAGGGUCUAUUAGGAAGCGUGCAGAAGGCUUGUGCUGCUCUUCCUAGCAGCGUCUUUGAAGCCGAAAGGCCGGGAUGUAAAUUCACAGUUAAGCAGAGAACAGCCACAUAUUUCUACAAGGGUGUGUUGUACGGAUCAGUUGGGUUUGUAUGUGGUCUUAUUGGACAAGGAAUUGCAAAUAUGAUCAUGAAUGCCAAAAGGAGCGUAAAAAAGUCAGAAGGGGACAUACCCGUGCCUCCUCUUGUGAAAAGUGCUGCUCUUUGGGGUGUGUUCCUUGCUGUCUCAUCCAACACUCGUUAUCAGAUCGUAAAUGGUCUGGAAGGGCUGGUUGAAGCAUCACCUUUGGCAAAGCGCGUUCCGCCUGUUGCAAUGGCAUUCACUAUAGGUGUACGAUUCGCCAACAAUAUAUACGGUGGUAUGCAAUUUGUAGACUGGGCUAAAUUGAGUGGAGUGCAAUAGCAGCAAUGCAUACCGAUUACCAACAUGCUCCCCAGUUUUUAAAUGUCAAUCGGACGAUACGUUCUUUUACAUUUUGGCUCAGAUUUUUCCGCUAUAGAUCAUUUCAUUAGGGGGAUAGAUCAUUUUUUUUUUUUCCGGGCAAUUUAAGUGAUUUAAUGUGAAAGUAAAACAUUUUGUUAGUACUUGAUAUUGGUAAUGUUAGUGGUAAUAAACUCAUAUAUGGCUGCCCUCUCACAGAAAGUGGGAUCCACAUGAGCGGACCUAUAAGCUGUAAGAGGGCUGCCGUAUGCAGCAUCCAUAUAUAAGAAUUCUCGUGCUAGCAAUGGCAUGCCUCUCGUCUA